CAAACAACACAAGCACAACCAAGAUGAUUAAGCUCCAACUUUAGAAAAAAGAGGAGAGAGAGAGAGAGAGAGAGAGAGAGAGAGGGGAAGAAAACCUCAGUUCAAUCCCACCCACUUGACUUUGACCUCUCCCUUUCUUUCUCUUUAUAUCUCAACCCUCUCCCCUUAAUCCCACCCAUUUUUCCUCUCACUCCAAUGCCACUUAUAUUCAGCAAGUAGGAAAGAAGUUAAUUAUACCUUCUUCUAACUAAGCUCCAGAAAAUAAUAAAAAAGAAAAAAAAUGGGGAGGCAUUCAUGCUGCUACAAGCAGAAGCUGAGGAAAGGCUUGUGGUCUCCUGAGGAGGAUGAGAAGCUCAUCAACCAUAUUGCCAAAUAUGGCCAUGGAUGUUGGAGCUCUGUCCCUAAACAAGCAGGACUUCAGAGGUGUGGCAAGAGUUGCAGAUUGAGGUGGAUAAACUACCUGAGACCUGAUUUGAAGAGAGGCACAUUCUCAGAGCAAGAAGAGAACCUCAUAAUUGAACUCCAUGCUGUUCUCGGUAACAGGUGGUCUCAAAUUGCAGCACAAUUGCCAGGAAGGACGGACAACGAGAUAAAGAACCUGUGGAACUCCUGCCUCAAGAAGAAGCUGAGACAGAGAGGCAUAGACCCCGAAACACACAAGCCAUUAGCCGACGAUGCCCGAGGCAGUGACGACAAAGACAAAGCACCCAACAAUGGCGAGACGGCUUCCGGAUCCAGCGAGCUUGUGAGUCCCAUCAACACUCGAAAUUCAGCAACAUCUAACAAAGAAUUCCCUUCCUACUGCUUCUCUCUUCCACAGCUAAGGUAUGAGCCUGAGUUUGAUAGCACUCCAAGAGCUGAAGCCAGCGUGAAUCCUCUCCUUUGGUUUAAUCCUGACAGCAGAAACUUUGAUAUGAAUUCCAAGUUCAGCUGUGUCGGAUUAAUAUCUGCUUCUAAGAAUCAAAAACCUUUGAUCAAUCUCCCAGCCGAUAAUUCUCUUCUUGUCUCAGCUGUCUCUGCUGACAUUAGCAGCAGUUACAGUUGCAGCAGUGGAAACAGCAUUGAGCAACAAAGCAGUAGCGCCUUCUUUGACAGUGGCUUCUUUGCAUGGUCUGACAAUGUAGCAGCAGAUAAAGCAGCUAGUAUGGAGCUCGACGAGGAGCUCAAGUGGUCCGAGUAUCUUAACGGCUCCUUCGUGAAUGAGAACCAAACGCAAUCUCUUUAUGAUGAGAUCAGAGCCAUAGAAGCCCAGUUUACGAUCGACGGUUUGGGUUCUGCAUACCAGAAGAAUCAGCAGCCACAGCAGCACUUGCAAACUUCGGAUAUAUUCAGCUUUGGAGGCAAGAAAAGAGAUGGCUUUAUUCUUAAUGUCAACCAAGCAUCUUAUCCUCCUAUUGAAGAAAGAAAGAAAGAAGGAAAGGAAAGCUGAGGCCUCAUUUGAUGCCUGCCCUGUUUUCGUUUUUCUAAACUCAAUCUUUAUAUAAUUGGAUGCAUCAGCAAAUGGAUUUCUCUAUUUUUUUCAUUGUCGGUUAGCUUGUCUUGCAGACAGGUUGAAUACAGGAUGAUUUCUUCUUCUUCUU